GACCGCGUCUCCGGCUAAUUGCCCAUUCUGUUCGCCUCGGUCUAUUAAAAUGUCCUUUCGUUUCGGACUUGUCGUUUGCCUCACUCUUAUUAGUUGUUCCGCCGUCUUUUCCGCCAAAUUUUCCUUAAAUCCAGCAGCUCGGAAUGACACGGUGCAGCAGAAGAUCUUUAAUUUCCUUGCUAGGAGUUCAACGACAAUCGCUCCGUCCAAAUCAGAACUUUGCGAGUGCGGAUGCGGGAUUCGGAACGAUGCAGGGAGGAUAGUCGGAGGCCAGGAGACGGCGACCAACGAGUACCCGUGGAUGGCCCGACUCAGCUACUUCAACCGUUUCUAUUGCGCCGGCACACUCAUCAACGAUCGUUACAUCGUUACCGCUGCCCAUUGCGUUAAAGGAUUUAUCUGGUUCCUGAUUAAAGUGACGUUCGGAGAGCAUGAUAGAUGCAGCAGCACGCGAAAGCCGGAAACGAGGUUCGUCCUCAGGUCAAUCGCUGGCGAGUUCAGUUUUACCAAUUUUCAGAAUGACAUCGCUCUCCUAAGGCUAAACGAUCGAGUGCCGUUUACGGACACCAUCCGUCCUAUUUGCCUCCCGGCAAAGGAAGAUGUUUCCUACGAGAACAUACUUGCCAUAGCAACUGGUUGGGGGACGUUGGCGGAGAACGGGAAAGCGUCGUGCACCCUGCAGGAGGUCAAACUACCCUACGUGAACCACGAGCAAUGUGUCAAUAAUUAUCAUAACACCAAAGUAAUCACCGAUCACAUGAUCUGUGCUGGUGCAGAGGAAGGACUCAAAGAUACUUGCCAGGGUGACAGUGGCGGGCCUUUAAUCCGCGUGAGGGACGACAAAAGAUACGAGUUGAUUGGGGUCGUCUCCUUCGGUUACGGCUGUGGACGGCCCGGGUACCCUGGCGUCUACACAAGGGUCAACCACUACGUCCAAUGGAUCAAAGAACACACCAGGGAAGGAUGCUAUUGUGCUGAUGUGUUCAGUGUUGUAAAUCUCUCUAGGAGGUCCAAGUUAAGCAUUAUCUGUCACACUGUUGGAUCCUCAUACAUCGUAAGUGAACAAAUAUCGAGGGAGGAUGCUGAUAACCGCUUGGGAGGACUGGAAGAUUUCAGAGCGGAACUGGAGAUGCUGACUAAAGAGUGGUGUGUCCCAUGUCGAUGCGGGAUGCCAAACCGGAACAAGACCCGAAUCGUGGGAGGGGUGGAGACGGUGGCUCACGAGUUCCCGUGGAUGGCCGAGCUCCAAAUCCGCGGACGCUUCUUCUGCGGUGGCGCCCUCAUCAACGACCGAUACAUCCUCACUGCCGGACACUGCCUCAGGGGUGACUUUAACCUUCAAGAGUUGACGGUUGUCCUGGGAGAGCAUGACCGAAAUGACCCAAAAGACUCGAAAGUACUCGUCAAGAGUGUGUCGGAAGUCAUAAUCCAUCCAAAGUAUGACCCAACGACUCCAAAAAUGCACGACAACGAUCUUGCACUCCUAAAACUCUCCAGCCCUGUCAUGCUCAAUAGCAACAUCAAGCCUGUAUGCUUGCCACCACAAGGGAUCUCGUUCAACGGUAAAAGAGGUACAGUGGCCGGAUGGGGGAAAACCAGCGAGACAGGGAGCACCUCGCCGACCCUGCGCAAGGUCCAGGUCCCAGUGCUCAGCAACGAGGGAUGCGCAAAACUACCCGGUUUCGACAAGAGUCUCACAAAAAAUAUGAUGUGCGCCGGAUUGAUCAACGGUGGAAAAGACUCAUGUCAGGGUGACAGUGGGGGUGCUCUAUUAGCGGAAAGCAAGACACAACAAAGGGCGGUUGUAGCGGGCAUAGUUUCCUGGGGCGUAGGCUGCGCCAGAGCGAAAAAGCCGGGUGUCUACACGCGCGUGAACCGGUACCUCAAAUGGAUCGCUGGUCAUACUCAGGAUGCUUGUUAUUGUCUUUGAAUGAAGCUUGUCUUCAACAAUAAGCUUGCUCAAUCAACCUGAAGUCCCCCCCCCCUCUGAAAUGAGAUAUCUUUCGAAUGAAAUUAUCAAAAAUCUGCUGUGAUCAUUAGUUUUUACCCAUACACUUUUAACACUUACUUUUGUAAAUUUUUACACCUCAAACGUUCUCUCAUUAAAGUGUCGGUCUCGCUCAAAAAUGU